AUAGAUCUGUCCGAGGCACCCUGUGUAUGUGAGGAUUUCCCAGCGUUUCGUGUUCCAUCACACGUGUUGUUAUUAUUGCGUAAAGUAGUAUAAAAAAAAAUCGUUUCAAAAUUUUCACCAAAAUUGAAUAAUAAAUCGUCGGUUCGACCGAUGCUGCUUAUGCCGUUAUUGUACAGCCGGUACUUUAGACACUCUGAGCGUAAUCUGUCGAUUGUCUAACUUUCAAAUUCGGCGUUAUGGCAUCGGACAACGAAUCCGACGCCGAACUCGAUGAAAACUACUACACAUUUCUCAAUUUGCCGCGAGAUGCCACGCCGGAGCAAAUUAAUACCGCGUACCGGAAGCAAAGUCGCAUUUACCAUCCGGACAAGCAUAUGGACCCGGAGAGCAAAAAGAAGGCAGAAAUCAUGUUUAACCGAACGAAACGUGCCUAUGAGGUUCUUUCCGAUCCACACCAGCGUGCGAUUUACGAUUCAGUAGGCGAAAAGGGUCUAAAAACAGAGGGCUGGGAAAUCGUACACCGGACAAAGACACCGGCAGAGAUACGGGAGGAGUACGAGCGUUUAGCUCAGGCCGCUGCCGAGCGCCGGCUGCAACAGCGCACCAAUCCACGUGGCAACAUCACUGUCAAUGUGAAUGCUACCGAAAUAUUUACGCCCUACGAUGAUACAGAGAUGCCACGUGUGGAGAUCGGCUCAAUGAGCAUUGCCCAAUCCAUUGAAGCGCCGAUAACACGCAAGGACAUGAUCAUCAUGAGUGGCAAUCUGUACUCGUCCAAUGGCACCGGCACAGGGGGCUUUAUGGUUGCCGGCCGGCGACUGCUCAACAAAGGUUGGUUGGAGGUUUGCCUUGGUGCCGGCAAUGGCUUCCUGUUGGGUCUCAAGGGUGGGCGCACGCUGACAUCGAAGCUAACGCUGAAUGGCGGCACCAAUAUGAAUUUCCAGGAAAAUGGUGUAAUACCCGUUGUGUUUUCCACAUUAGCCGUCCAACUGGACAAGCACACCGUAGGCAGCCUGACGCUUAAUGCCGGACCGCAGUCAUCCAUGACCACGCAGGUCGAUCACUCCAAUGAUCAGCAUGCCAUAAGCACGUCCUUUGUGAUAGGCACCCCACACAUGUACUUUGGCGUCUCCUAUACCCGAAAAAUGCUUGAGAACGAGAUGAAGCUGAAAUUGGCCACCAAAGUGGGCACAUUUGGAUUCCUGGGCGAAUACGGCGUGGAGAAAAAAGUUUCGAAAUACAGUUCGCUGAUAGCAACCGUUUCCAUAGGCGUGCCUUCCGGAGUCAUACUCAAAUUGAAAAUAAUACGUUCUAACCAGUCGUAUGUGUUUCCAAUCCAUCUGAGUGACGAAAUUGUGCCCGCUGCUGUUUUCUAUGCAACAGUGACGCCGAUAGUUGCGUGGUUUUUCGUCAAAAAGACCAUUAUGGAUCCCAUGGAGGCGGAUCGUAAGAGCAUCGAAGUGGAGCGGACGAAGCGGCAAAAUGAGCAGCGUUUGGCUGCCAAGAAAACAGAGGCAAUGGCAGCAAUACACUUGAUGCAGAGCACCUACAAUCGCAUCCUCAAAGAGGAGCAGGACCGUCGAGGUCUGAUCAUCAAGAGAGCGAUCUAUGGAUGCAUCAACGAGGGCACCUCACAGUUCAAGCCGGAGGCAUCGCAUGAUGUCACCGUGCCCAUUCAGUGUCUAGUCAGGGAUGGUACAUUGCAGUUGUAUGAAUCGUCUAAGUGCGAUUUACCUGGCUUUUUUGAUCCCAGCUUGGGAGACGAAAAAAUAUUGCGCAUUGAGUAUACAUUUGAGGAUGUAUUAAAAACCGUCAAUCUAAAGGAUAAUGAACCAUUACGACUGCCAGGAUAGAACGCAUUGCAAUUUGUAAAAAUCUUCAGUUUUUGUUUAAAAUUGUUUUUAUAAUUAAUAGUAGCCGUAAAAAAGAAAAUAUAUGAUAGUCAAUGAACUGGCUAGUUUUUCUAAA